AUGCAGCUCAAAACAACCUACGUGGUACUUACUUUGGCUUAUUUCGCCAUAGCCGCCCCUGUCACUGACCUGACGGGCGGAGGAUCUCCCAGCCAGACACCUCGGGGCCACGAAACCACUCAAAUAAACGGGGGCGGCAGCACUCAACUGGCAGUACACAAUUCCCAAGGUGGCACUGGAGCCCCGAGAGGUGUUGGACAAAAGACAAAGGAGCUCGCAUGUAAUGCGCUUGAUACCUGUAUUGAGGCAGGCUUUGGUACUCUUGUAUUGGGUGCUGCCCUAAAGAACAAUUGCGUGAAACGAUAUAAACAGAACCAGCAAAAAGACAGGAAAGCACUUGGAAUACCAGAUGGUAUUGGACAGAAGGCAAAGGAGCUCGGAUGCAAUGCGCUUGAGACUUGUUUUGAGGCAGGCGUCGGUGGCUAUGUGUUGGCGGGCGACGUAGGGAAGAACUGCCUACGACGAUAUGAAGAAUACCGGGAAAGAAACGCCAAAGCACUGGGGCAACCAUAUGAACCUAUAUCUGUCGACUUGGCUGCAGACGGACUUCCCAUGAAGGCUAUUGAAUGCUGUCGGAAAGGAGCUAAAAUCGCUAUGGAUGCGGCCUGUACAUGUUACAUGAAACACAGCCAGGGGUAUCAAGAUUUGUUGAAGGAAAACGAAGAGAGGAGAACCAAACAUAAGAAGCAAAGAGUUAACAACAGUGCACACGGGAAUGGGCCAUUGCUAGAGGCACCCAGGAAAGGCUGA